AUGGCCUCUGCUACCCCAACUGCCAAGCAGCCCGGCUCACAGACAUCGCCGUCUUUCCAGCCCUCCUCGCCCCCUAACAAACGCGAUCUCAAAUCGUGGUGGAAAGGCUUCAUUCUCCCCUCCAAGAAUCAAGACCAGCAUGAGACCCGAGCCCCAGGCAUCUUUGGUGUACCGCUGCGACAAAGUAUAACCUACGCCAACGUUGCCAUCUCUCUCAUCGACGAGAAUGGCCAGAGUUACAUUUAUGGCUAUGUCCCCAUUGUCGUCGCCAAAUGUGGCGUCUUCCUGAAAGAAAAGGCCACUGGCGUCGAGGGCAUCUUCCGCCUCAGCGGCUCCGAAAAGCGCAUAAAAGAGCUCAAGAGCAUCUUCGACUCUCCUAAUCGAUACGGCAAGGGUCUUGUCUGGGAUGGCUAUACAGUGCAUGACGCAGCCAAUGUUCUCCGUCGAUACCUCAACGACUUGCCCGAGCCUGUUGUUCCUUUAGACUUGUACGAAAGGUUCCGCGAUCCACUACGCGGCGCAACCAAGCAAGUCGCCGGCGACGCCGAAGGUCCCCAGUUCGUUCCCGAUUUCGACGAAAAAGCUGCCAUCGCCACAUAUCAACGUCUCAUUACUGAGCUUCCUCCACUUAACCGUCAGCUUCUUCUUUACAUUCUCGAUUUGCUAGCAGUCUUUGCUGCCAAGUCGGAAGAAAAUCGCAUGACCUCACAAAAUCUGGCUGCCAUUUUCCAGCCUGGUAUGCUGUCGCACCCCCAGCAUGCCAUGGCUCCAGAGGAGUAUCGACUCAACCAAUGCGUCAUCAUCUUCCUCAUCGAGAACCAGGAUCACUUCUUAAUCGGCAUGCAAGGCACCGCUGCUGACGAAAAUACCGUCAAAGAAGUACAGUCUGGUACGCCCAAAGGACCGCUUACCCCCAGCACAGUAACACCCACACAAAUGAAUCGCACUGCGUCCAACGCCAGCGCUGGCGCUGAAAGCGUGCGGCGAGAUGGAAAGCUUCGACGAAAUCGCUCUGUUUCAUCCAAGAACUCCAAAAAUGGAGAUUCCGCCACGCCCGUUACCCCAGCAGCCGCCGCCACCUCUCCUUCGGGCGGUCUUAGUAGGAGCAACACCGUCCCAUCCAAGAAGUCCCCUGCUGUCAGCGGCAGAAAAUUCGCCAAAGUUGAUAAAGACUCUGCUGGCUCCGUUCAGCCACUGACCCCAGUGCGACUUUCAGAGGCACCCAUGGCAUCUGGACCCUCUACGCCUAUCGCUACGCGCGAUUCUACCAAUAAGACUUUGCCGGGAAAUAGCCAAGACCGCCUUCUGGAGAACUCACCCGAUGUUCCUCCGCCGGUCAAGGACACCAAGGAACGCAGUGUAUCAAGCCUAUUCCAAAGGACGUCUACGGAAGGAGGUGACAAGCGACAGCCCAAUAAGCUGCGCAAAAAAAGAGCGCCCGGCGCAGUGAACCUGAGCGCUCACAGCUCGAGCAACUCUCUUCCUCACUCCAACGUUGCGUCGCCCAAUACCGAGCUGUCUAACCCUCUUGACAACGUACCACCCUUGCCUGAAUCAGUCGCGACGCCAAGCGCUACCGAAAAGAUUGAAGCCACUUCAUCGCCAGCUGUCCAGCCAGUGCAACCCACAAUAAGUACCGUUCCGACACUUUGGCCAACCGAGCCGAAGCCAACCGACAACGCUGUUACUGAAUCGACAGCAUCGCCUGUUGAUUCCGCAAAUGGUCUCUCAGAUCCCGACCACGCCGCAGACGAUCGUGCAGCGGGGAUUCUUCAGAGUCCGGGAAGAGACAGGAAGAAAAGGUGGCUAUCGCUAGGCACGAAAAAGGAUGAUAGCAACGGUGAAGGCUUCCCUCAGCCGAACUUAGGACUCUAUCAAAAUGCGGAGAUGAGCACAACCUCUUUCGCCAGCUCAAGCAAAGCGCGCAAGAGUUUUCAGGCGGACGGUUCAGAAGCUGCCUUUGCCGAGUCGUACGACAGCAAAGAUGGCGACGCCAAGGGUCCCAUCGGCUGGAUCAAGAAUAAAUACCGCGAGGCCAAAGAAAAUGCUGACCACAAGCGUAACAAGUCACCUCCGCCGGCAGUGGGUGAGCGUCACGGCAUCAGCGCGGCUAUCCUAGGUCGCGGGAAGAGCCUUGACAUUAAGCGCGACGAAUCGGCAGGCGAACCCCCCCAGUCGGAGACGCCGCCCAAGAAGGGGGAAGCCCCGGCCGCUGAGCAUCCCGCCGCCGCCGUUGCCAUACCUGUCCCGAACGCAGCCCCCGAGUCCCCCGCUCAUACUGCUAAUGAGCAAGCUCACCAACCCGUCGAUACUAUCAAGGAAGAGCCUGCCGCAGAAGCUGCUGCAGGUGUAAAUCUGGCCAAGUCAGCUGAAGUUCCAGCUACGUCUUUGGCUUCCAAGGAGCCUCGGAUGGUUCCAGUCGAGGAGCAGCUACUUGUCGCCGAGCCUACUCCCGCUGCGCAAUCAGAACCUCUUGUUGAAAACGAAACCAAGGCCGCCUCACCCAAGGCCGCUGAGCUCCAGCAUCCUCAGUCGCCAGGAGCCGCAAUCGAAGAUGCGGCUUCUGUUUCCGUCGAAGCAACAAAUAAAACAGAGUAA